GAGCCAGCGCCGUUCGUCCGCCGCCGCCGCCGCCACCGCUGCGCCCCGCUCCGCUCCGCGCCCCGCACCGCCGCUCCGCGCCCCGCUCCGCGCCCCGCACCGCCGCCCCGCGCCCCGCACCGCCGCCCCCCAGGAGAGCUCACAGAGGAGGGAUUGCCUGGACCCCCAGCACCCCUCACCCCGGUGCAGCCCGGGAUGCUGCGCGGUGCUGAGCACUGAGGGGCACCAUGGGGAGCGCGGCGUAGCCCCCGCCGUGGCCUCCCGCCGUGGCCCCCCCGCCGUGGCCCCCGCGUGGCGCCGGAGCCCCCCCCCGGUCGGUGCUGAGCGCUCCUUGAUGGAAUUGCGGUGAAUGGAACAGAAGCCCAGCACCCUGGACCCGCUGUCGGAGCCAGAGGACACCCGGUGGCUGGAUGGGAAGCGCAAAAGAAAGAGCAGCCAAUGUUUGGUGAAGAGCAGCAUGUCAGGGUACAUCCCUAGUUACCUGGACAAAGAUGAACAGUGCGUGGUGUGCGGGGACAAGGCCACCGGCUACCACUACCGCUGCAUCACCUGCGAGGGCUGCAAGGGAUUUUUCCGUCGGACCAUCCAGAAGAACCUGCACCCCACCUACUCCUGCAAGUACGAUGGGUGCUGCGUCAUCGACAAGAUCACCCGCAACCAGUGCCAGCUCUGCCGCUUCAAGAAGUGCAUCUCCGUGGGCAUGGCCAUGGACUUGGUGCUGGAUGACUCCAAGCGGGUAGCGAAGCGGAAGCUGAUCGAGGAGAACCGGGAGCGGCGGCGGAAGGAGGAGAUGAUCAAGUCGCUGCAGCAUCGCCCCAACCCCAGCGCCGAGGAGUGGGAGCUGAUCCAUGUGGUUACAGAAGCCCACCGCAGCACCAACGCCCAGGGCAGCCACUGGAAGCAGAAGCGGAAAUUCCUGCCCGAGGACAUCGGCCAGUCCCCCAUGGCCUCCAUGCCCGACGGGGACAAAGUCGACCUGGAGGCGUUCAGCGAGUUUACAAAAAUCAUCACCCCGGCCAUCACCCGCGUGGUCGACUUUGCCAAAAAACUGCCCAUGUUUUCGGAGCUGCCUUGCGAGGACCAGAUCAUCCUGCUCAAGGGGUGCUGCAUGGAGAUCAUGUCGCUGCGGGCGGCCGUGCGCUACGACCCCGAGAGCGAGACGCUGACGCUGAGCGGGGAGAUGGCGGUGAAGCGAGAGCAGCUCAAGAACGGCGGCCUCGGCGUCGUCUCCGAUGCCAUCUUCGACCUGGGCAAGUCCCUCUCUGCCUUCAACCUGGACGACACCGAGGUGGCCCUGCUCCAGGCCGUGCUGCUCAUGUCCUCAGACCGGACGGGGCUGAUCUGCGUGGAGAAGAUCGAGAAGUGCCAGGAGACGUACCUGCUGGCCUUCGAGCACUACAUCAACUACCGCAAACACAACAUUCCCCACUUCUGGCCCAAGCUGCUGAUGAAGGUGACGGAUCUGCGGAUGAUCGGCGCCUGCCACGCCAGCCGCUUCCUGCACAUGAAGGUGGAGUGUCCCACCGAGCUCUUCCCACCCCUCUUCCUCGAGGUCUUCGAGGACCAGGAGGUGUAGGGCUGACACCCCCCCACCCCGGGUCCCCCCAACCCUGCUCUGGCCCCCCCCCCCAAAUCUUUCUCGUCCCCCUGUAAGGACAAGGGGAUGAUGCGCCCAGGGCGGGGGUCCCGCUGUGCCCCCCCACGGCCACCCUGCCCCCCCCGCCCCAGGACUUGACGAAUUUUGUUUGUUUGCACAGGGAAGGGCCCCGACGGUCGAGCGUUCCCUUUAUUGUCCUUCUCUUCGUAGAUUAUUAUUUUUUAAGCAUUUAUUUCCCUCCCUGAGAGGCUAAAAUAUUAAACUAACUGCACUUUGGAAGGAGGAGGAGGAGGAGGAGGAAGAGCAGGGGAGGAGAGGAGGGGGCUCUGGGCUGCACAGGGAGAGGCUGCCCCGGCUGGGGGGGCCGUGGCCACAUGCACUUUUGGCCGGGCAGCAAUUUUGGGGGACUAGGGUGGGGGGCCAGGGCCCCCCCCCAUAGCAGGGGCAGGGGCUGGGACCCUCAUCCCCAUAGUGGGGUGAGGGCCAGGACCCCCCCAAAAGCAGGGCGGGGGGCCAGGACCCCCAUCCCCCCUAAUAGGUGAGGGCCAGGACCCCUCCCAUAGCAAGGUGGGGGCCAGGACCCCCCCAUAGCAGGGCAGGGGGCACGGGGGGCACAGCGGCAGCGGGGGGACCCCAGCCCAUCGGGGCGCAGGGCUGGUGGAUCCCCCCAGCCCACUGGGUCUGCCCCGGCUGGGGUGACCCCCCCUUCCCCCGUGCCCUCCCCUUUAUCCCCAGAUUCGGGGCCAGAUUCGGGGUUUUGGGGGUUCUCUGUCUUUUUUUUUGGGCUGAGAGAAGACAAUUUUGUGCCAAGCGCCGUGGACGGUGGGCGCUGCAGGACGCCGGGGGGGGGGGCUGCCCCCCCCCAAACCCCCCCAACUUUUCCGUUGUCCUUUUUUUUUUGUUGUUUUUCCCCUCGUCCUCGUGGGUUUUGUCGUGUCCGUCAGGAGUUGCAAAGGCCCCGGAGGCGCCGGCGGGGGGGCAGAGGGUGCCCCCCCCGGCCCCCCCCACUGCACUACUGCCCCAGCCCCCCGGCAGCAGCACUUUGGGGGGGCUGCACCCCCAACUGCCCCCCCCAGUGCUCCUGGGGGGGCCGGGCUGGGGGGGGGGGGGCUGGCAGGGGGGUCCCAUGGGGGGUUUUGGCGGGGGGAGGCACAGCUGCAACGGGAGCACCCGGGAAUGGUUUUAUCACCUUUUCCCCCCCCCCCAAAUUUAGGUUUGUGAAUUUUUUCUUACCUCAGGCGGAGGCCGAGGGGGGGCGCGGGCCAGGGGGGCCGGCAAGGCAGGCCGGGCCCACCUAAGCUAAUAUAUAUAUAUAUAUAUAUAUAAAUAUAUAUAAAAUAUAUAAUUUUUGUAAUUAAAAAAAAAAAAUCUUUUUACGGGUCGUUUAAAAGCAGAAAAUCCCAACACCAGACACGUCCCCCCCACCCUGGGCACAGGGGGCCAGGCUGGGCUCCCCCCAACACCCCAGACACCCCCACCAUGGGGGUCAUGUCAGGGGGCCCUGCCGGACCCCCUGCAGCCGGGUCGGGGGGCACAGCGGGGCCGUGGCACCCCGGGGUGCCCUGGGGGGGGGCACAUGCCCCCGGCCCCAAGUACCAGCACCGGAUUUGACCUUGGUGCAAAAUGUCUUAAACCCCCACCCCGGUGCCUGGCUCAGGGGGUCCCAGCUCAGGGGGUCCUGGCACUGGGGGGUCCCGGUGGCACCGGCCGUGGGUGGUGCAAUAGGAGCCGACCACUGACGCCCGUGCUGGGGGGGCACAGGGUUUGGGGGUUCGCCCCCCACCCCCCCGGCAGCACCAGCCCCAACACGUGCCUUCGGGCCGGGGCUGUGGCACCCGGGCGAUGCCCCCCGUGGUGCCGUGGCCAUGCCAUGUUCGUGCCACGGCCACGCGUGUUGGUGCCGUGACCGUGCCGGUGCUGUGGCCGCGGGUGCUGGCAUUGUGCCGGUGCCGUGGCCGUGCCAUGUCAGUGCCAUGGCAAUGCAUGUUGGUGCCAUGGCCACGCGUGUUGGUGCCGUGGGCAUGCGCGUUGGCGCCGUGACGGUGCCACGUCGGUGCCGUGGCAGUUCAUGUUGGUGCAAUGCCGGUGCCGGUGCCGUGCCCACGCAUGUCAGUGCGGUGCCGGUGCCAUGCCCACGUGCUGCCCACGUGUUCCCGCGCACCCCCCGCGUGCUCCCAUCGCGGGACGUGUCUUAAUCAGCCACCGUGACCCCCCCCCCCAGCCGGGCCGGGGCCCCCCCAAGCGGCCACACGGUGCUCUGGGGCAGCUUGUCCCGGGGUGGGGGGCUCCGCCCGGCCCCCCACCCGCUGCCCCCCGCACGCCCCCCCACCCCCUGCACUCCCCCCGCGCCCCCCGGGCCGCCCCCACGUCUCCGUCUCGCGUCGCCAUCGCACGUCCAGCAUCCAGCGUCGGUCCCGGGGGUCCACACCGGUGCCCCCCACCCCUCCGCCACCUCCCCGGGCCACCCCUGCCCCGCGUCCCCCCCUGUCCCCGCGCCCCCUGCCCCCCCCCCAAGCACAUACCUCAUGGCUCCCGGAGCUGCCCCUGCCCGCGGGCGUCGAGCCCGGCCGGCACACGGCCUGGCACAGGGCUCGGCACGGCCUGGCACGGCCCGGCCCGGCUCGGCGCGCCCCACCGGGGUCCCCCACUAUGCAGGGUGGUGGCGGGGGGGGCCGCGGCCGGCGUCGCUGAAUGUAGGGGCGCGGGCCGGGGGGGCCGCGGAGCCCCUGUGACAAUCACAGUCUGUGACGUGCGAUUUUAAACCCUUUUGUGUUUUGGUCAGGAUUUUAAAGAAAGAUAUUUUUAUGGUAA